AGGCGGCAGAGUGUGCGUGGGAAUCGAGACUCUCUCGCAUUCUCUUUCGUAGUGUAAGAGAUUGUUUGCUUGGUUUGGUUUGGUUUGCAGAAUUUGUGGAGUAGCGAUGGAGCUUCGGCCCUGGAUCACAGUGCUCUUCGCCCUCGCGGUUGUUGUCGCGCACAGCCAUGCGCUUCUCAUGACCGUUCACAAUACAGAAUGCGUCUGGGAGGAUGUAGAGUUCGACGGCGAUGUCGUCAGCGGUAACUUCGUUGUGUUGGACCAGGAGGUUUUUUGGGGCUCUGAGCACCCCGGUAUCGAGCUCAUUGUCACAGGACCCGAUGGACGUGCCGUUCACACUACCAAUACUAUUGACGGGGAGAAAUUUGAAUUCAUAGCUCACCGCAGAGGACGCUACAAGUUCUGCUUUCACAACCCGUUGUCUGCUCCAGAACAACUCACGUUUUACAUUCAUGUGGGUCACGUCAUUGGCGUCGAAGAAUUGGCGAGGGAUGAGCAUUUGAAGCCUGUUGAUGUGAAAAUCUCUCAGCUCAGUGAAGCCCUUGAGCUUGUUAGUGCUGAGAUUCGAUAUUUGCAAAACCGAGACUUGCGUCACAGAAAAACAAAUGAGAGCACGCAGAGGCGGUUGCUAUUCUACACAGUGAGUGAGUACCUACUUCUGAUCGCAGCCAGCGUGGGCCAGGUGGUCAUGAUCCGCCAUCUCUUCAGCAAACGUAUUGGUUACAAUCGAGUAUGAUAUUUUGCUCACUCAGCUUGUAGUUUUAAAGGACACGCGCGUUUGAGAAUACACAUCCUCACACAGUCUGGCUAGGAAUAGGAGGAAAGCUGGAAGAACCAAUGUUGCACCCAAUUAUACUGUCUGUGAAGUGCGCAAGACAGAGAGUUUUUGGUACACUUAGCGUGGUCGAGUUUGUUUUGGAAAGUGGAAGGGUGACUCGGCAUACGUGCAGUACACAUAAGACUUCAAGCAAGUUCUGUAAAUCCAAAUCAUCAGUGGCGGAGGAUUUAAACGAAUCAUCCAAUUUUUACACCUUCAGUGUGUUUUAUACAAUGAACCUGGAAUCUGUUCGAAGUA